GGAUGAACAUGGCAACCAUCAAGGCCAUCGAGGCCCGCUCGGUUCACCAAAUCCAGUCCGGCCAGGUCAUUAUUGACCUUUGCUCUGUGGCCAAAGAGCUCGUUGAGAACAGUCUUGAUGCGGGGGCUUCUUCGAUCGAGGUUCGAUUUCGAAAUAAUGGUCUGGACUUGAUCGAGGUCCAAGACAAUGGGAGUGGGAUCUCUCCCGAUAACUACGAGAAUGUCGCACUCAAGCACUACACCUCCAAACUCUCCUCCUUCGAUGACCUCUCCCGUCUCCAGACCUUUGGUUUCCGCGGCGAAGCUCUGUCGUCGUUAUGCGCCCUCUCGGAUUUCCACAUCACCACCGCCCAGGCAAACCAAGCUCCCCGCGCCACACGGCUCGAGUUCGAACCAUCGGGCAAGCUCAAGAAAACCCAGAUGAUUGCAGGACAGAAGGGCACGACUGCGUCCGUGGAGGGACUGUUUAAGAAACUCCCCGUGCGACGCCGGGAGCUGGAAAAGAACAUCAAGCGGGAAUACGGGAAGGUGUUGAAUCUCCUGCAUGCGUACGCCUGCGUGAGUGCGGGGGUACGCUUCAGUGUCAAGAAUACCGUGGGGAAGACGCGGAACGUGGUCGUGUUCACGACAAACGGUAAUCCAACGACCAGGGAGAAUAUCGCCAAUGUCUACGGCGCAAAGACCCUUCUGGCGCUGAUCCCGUUGGAGUUGGAGUUGGAAUUCGAGCCAUCUGCUGCUGGUAGGCGGACGGUGGGGGGUACACAGGUGAAUAGGAUCCAGGUUCGAGGCCAUGUCUCGCGACCGGUCUUUGGAGAGGGGCGACAGACGCCUGAUCGCCAGAUGUUCUUCGUCAAUUCGCGUCCCUGUGGGUUGCCGCAGAUUGCGAAAGCGUUCAAUGAAGUCUACAAGUCUUUUAACGUUGCGCAGUCGCCGUUUGUUUUUGCAGACUUUCACAUGGAUACCAAUGCCUACGACGUGAAUGUCUCGCCGGAUAAGCGGACAAUUCUAUUGCAUGACGCUGGGGCGCUCAUCGAGUCGCUCAAGGAGGCUCUUAAUCGAUUGUUUGAAUCUGCGGAUCAGACGGUGCCCCAGGCGCAGGUUGUGGGUUCGAAGCCGCAGUACGUUAAAUCACGUUUGGGGGGGAGCCAGAUCGAGGUUCCUGCUAGAUCUGCAGCCUUAGAUACCGAAGAAGAAGAAGAAGAAGGAGAAUCAGCUGAUGGCGAUGAUGUAGCUGAAGAGAGUCAACUUAGAUCCCAAGACAGGAUGAAGACGCUUCUGACUGACCUUGGCGCUCGUGGUAGUCGAGCAGAGACUGCUUCUUCUGUCAGAGCAGGAACCGGUCUACAAAAACAAUCUCCUACACCUGCCCGUCCUAUAACGCAGAUAAAUAAGUCACCCAAGAGGACCCAAGUCUCUGCCACCGAAGGCAAUGCCUCUGACGAAGAGCGGUCGAUUAGUGAGGAUAUCUCCGAUGGAGAGGAUCACGAUAAUGAACCCCAAAGCAGCGCUCCACAAGAGCAACAGGCUGCAACACACGAAGACUUCUUGGAAACCCCAAAUGCGAUACAGACCGCAUUUGACAGGAUGCGGCCUAGACGAGUGCCAGCCGAGAUUGCCACCAUCACUAUUGGGGAUCGGACGGUUACGUCCAUGGUAGGUAGUGGUGUGCCUAGGAAGAGGACGCUCGGGACAGCCGAUUCAAGCACUAGUGCUGCCACUCGGAAAAGGCGAAUCCAUACGCCUUCUCGUCCUCGCAUAUUUGGUCGGCAUAUGAGGGACUUUGCGGCCCCAGGGUCGCAACUGGAGCCGACAGAAAGCAGCGAAGGUGAAGAUGAGGAGCCACAGGAGGACGACGAGCAAGAAGGAGACGAAGAGGAAAACGAAGAGGAACUUGGGGAAGAAGUAGAAGACGACUCUGCAACGUAUGCACCAUCACACCACCAUGACAGUGCAAGCCAAGGUUCAGUUGAAGAAAGUGAAGAAAGUGAAGAAAGUGAAGAAAGUGAAGCCACGCAGGCUGCGCCGGAUGCGAACAUGAAUGAUGAAGAGAAGAAACGGCACGAAGAAGCCCAAGUCGAAAGGCUUAUUCGCGAGGCAGAGGAGAAGGCUGCUCUCCCACAGGCCAACACUCUCAGCCGUGCGAACAAAUUCAAUAAGGGAGCCGGCCACCGUGACUCUACGGCCCAACUUACGGCGACUAUAGACGGCUCUCUUUCUCGGAUCCAAGCCCAGGCGAAGAGACUCCAGGACAGUCUCGGUCAACAUGUGGAGGAUGCCUCACUCUCAGCGGACGAGACAGAGGCUCGCUUGUCUCAGGUCGCCGCCGAAGAGCGACUGUCUCUGACCGUCACCAAGGAUGAUUUUGCUCGGAUGCGGAUCCUGGGCCAGUUCAAUCUCGGGUUCAUCCUCGCGACGCGAUCUUCGCAAGGCGAGACAGAGCAGAAAGCCAGAGACGAUGAGCUUUUUAUCAUCGACCAGCAUGCGUCGGAUGAAAAGUUCAACUUUGAGCGCCUGCAAGCAGAGACGGUCGUGCAGAACCAGCGGCUGGUGCAUCCCAAGCGCCUCGACCUCACAGCGGUCGAGGAAGAGAUCGUGAUCGAGAACCGAAGCGCGCUCGAAAAGAACGGGUUCGUGGUUGAGGUGGACGACAGCGGGGACGAGCCGAUCGGACGCCGAUGCCGGCUUGUGUCGCUGCCUCUCAGCAAGGAAGUUGUCUUUGACGUUCGCGAUCUGGAAGAACUGAUCGUUCUCCUGUCGGAGACAGCCUCAACGAAAGAGGACGCCGACAUUCCCCGCCCUAGCAAAGUGCGGAAGAUGUUCGCCAUGCGCGCCUGCCGAUCCAGCAUCAUGAUAGGGAAGAACCUGACGCAGAAGCAAAUGGAGCGGGUGGUGCGGAACAUGGGGACGAUCGACAAGCCGUGGAACUGCCCUCAUGGCCGGCCGACGAUGCGCCACCUGUUCAGUUUAGCACAGUGGGAUGAAUGGGAUGAGUAUGGGUAUGCGCAGGGCCAGCCAGACGGCCCUGCAUUAGACGAGACGGAUAUUUGGAGGGAGUAG